AUGGAUCCCACCUGCACCGACGUGGACCGUCUGAUGAAUCGCUACUACCUGCCCGUCACCUACUCCAUCAUCUUCAUCGUGGGCCUGCUGGGAAACCUGACCUCCAUCAGCAUUUAUGUGACAAAGCUCCGCCCCUGGAAGAGCAGCACCAUCCUGAUGGUGAACCUGGCGCUGGCCGACCUCCUCUACGUCCUCAGCCUGCCCUUCCUCGUGUACUACUACACCAACGAGGAGUCGUGGCUGCUCGGCGACUUCCUGUGCCGCUUCGUGCGCGCCGGGUUUCACUUUAACCUCUACGGGAGCAUCCUCUUCCUGACGUGCUUGGCGGUUUUCCGCUACGUGGUGGUGAUGAAGCCGCUGAGGGCGGCGCAGGUGCAGCAGAAGUUCUGGGGCGUCGCUGCGUGCUCGGCCGUCUGGAUCGUCGCCGCCGUCGAAGUCACGCCGAUGCUGACCAUGAUAUCGCUGGAGGUGAGGGACAACAAGACCUCCUGCUCGGACUUUGCGAGCACCAUAUCCGACGACGGCAUGCAGUGGUACGGCUGGCUGCUCACCGCGCUUGGCUUUCUGCUGCCCCUAGUGGUGGUGUUCAUGUGCUGCGUCGGCAUCGUCAGGCAGCUGGGCAAAGGGCCCAACAUCAGCAGCCCCAGUCGGAUGCGAGCGCGGCGCGUGACGGUGCUGAUCCUGGUGGUGUUUGUCUUGUGUUUCCUGCCGUAUCACAUCUUGCGUGCGCUGCGGGUGGAAAUUCGCGGGACUGCGACGUGCACGGUGGAGCGCACGGUGCACGCAGCCUACAUCGUCUCCAGGCCUCUGGCGGGACUCAAUACGUUCUUUAACUUGGCUCUGUACACGUUCUCUGGGGACAAGUUCAGGAGGGCCUUCCUGAGCGCCUUUCACUGGGAACACUGGCUGCAGAAGGCCAAGUCGGUGCUGCAAGUGUCCGUCAUCAGCAAGGCAGCCGAUGAUGUGCCUGCUGCAUGA